AGGUACCCGGCCGCAGACGCCUAAGGUAGCUGACAGGCCCGCAGCGGCUCACCCCUCCCUUUUCUCGGAACGUGGUUGGGCAUCUGCUGCUGGCUCAAGCCUUUAGAAGAGGGCUCCGGGCAGGAGAUGACGGCAGUGUGCUCGCUGCCUAGUCCUCUGCGAGCACCGGCUUCCUUCUCCUCGCAGCCGGAGCUGCAAACCUAGCAGAGACCAGUCUGGAAGUACAGGGAGAGGGAAGAUGGAUUCUUAUUUCCCAGCAAAGAACUCAACUCUUGCUGUUAAUAUGAAUGAGACUUUGUCUGCCAGUCAUGGCUUUAAUUCCACCAGUGACCCACCUCCGAUGUCAAUAACCAGGCUCUUCCCAGCGUUACUCGAGUGCUUUGGCAUCGUCCUUUGUGGGUACAUAGCGGGAAGGGCCAAUGUCAUAACAUCCACACAGGCCAAAGGACUGGGAAACUUCGUCUCCAGAUUUGCCCUCCCAGCUUUAUUAUUCAAAAACAUGGUUGUGCUUAAUUUUGCCAAUGUGGAUUGGGCUUUUCUAUAUAGCAUCCUAAUUGGCAAGGCCUCUGUAUUUUUCGUUGUAUGCGUGUUAACCCUGUUGGUUGCCAGUCCUGAGAGUCGAUUUAGCAAAGCUGGACUGUUCCCUAUCUUUGCUACACAGAGCAAUGACUUUGCUUUGGGAUACCCUAUAGUUGAAGCUCUGUACCAAACCACAUACCCAGAAUAUCUCCAGUACAUUUAUUUGGUGGCACCAAUAUCUCUUAUGAUGUUAAACCCUAUAGGGUUCAUCUUCUGUGAAAUCCAGAAGUCAAAAGACACUCGAAAUGCUUCUCAAAACAAAGCAAAAAUUGUGGGACUUGGAUUCCUGCGCGUGUUACAGAACCCGAUAGUGUUUAUGGUCUUCGUUGGCAUCGCCUUCAAUUUUAUUCUUGAUAAAAAGAUCCCUGUGUAUAUGGAAAAUUUUCUUGAUGGGCUUGCAAACUCCUUCUCUGGGUCAGCCCUGUUCUAUCUCGGUCUGACCAUGGUAGGAAAAAUCAGGCGGCUGAAGAAGUCGGCGUUCGUGGCGCUCAUUGUCCUCAUCACAGCUAAACUCCUGGUGCUGCCCCUUCUGUGCAGAGAAAUGGUGGAAGUCCUGGACAAGGGUAACAGCGUAGUGAACCACACGAGUCUGUCCAACUAUGCGUUUCUCUAUGGCGUCUUCCCUGUGGCUCCAGGAGUGGCUAUCUUUGCAACACAAUUCAACAUGGAAGUGGAGAUCAUAACCUCAGGAAUGGUCAUAAGUACAUUUGUGUCUGCUCCAAUCAUGUAUGUUUCUGCCUGGUUAUUGACCUUUCCUACCAUGGAUGCUAAGCCACUGGCAUAUGCCAUUCAGAAUGUUAGCUUUGACAUAAGCAUUAUCAGCCUGGUCUCCUUGAUCUGGUCUCUGUCUGUUCUUCUCUUGAGUAAGAAGUAUAAGCAGCUUCCUCACAUGCUCACAGCUAACCUACUCAUCGCUCAGACUAUUGUUUGCGCUGGAAUGGUGAUAUGGAAUUUUGUUAAAGAAAAAAAUUUUGUUGGACAAAUUUUGGUGUUUGUUUUAUUGUACAGCUCCCUGUACAGCACCUAUCUAUGGACAGGCCUUCUAGCAGUUUCUUUGUUUCUUUUAAAGAAGCGGGAGAGCGUUCAGAUCCCAGUGGGCCUCAUCAUCAUAUCUGGCUGGGGAAUCCCUGCUCUCCUCGUGGGCGUGCUUCUGAUAACUGGAAAACACAAUGGAGACAGCGUUGACUCGGCUUUCUUUUAUGGAAAAGAGCAGAUGAUCACCACAGCAGUCACCCUGUUCUGCAGCAUUCUCAUAGCUGGGGUGUCACUCAUGUGCAUGAACCGUACCACCCAAGCUGGCCACUACGAAGGUUUCGGCCAGUCUCAGAGUCACAAACCGGUAGAGCCUGGAAGCACUGCGUUCGAGGAGAGCCCAGCGCCAACAAGUGAACCAGAGCUCUUCCCAAGUUCUAUCCCAGAAACAGGUUGCUGUUCUUGCUCCUUGGGAAAUGGUGAAUUACGCUGUCCAUCAAUACAGCCAGGAACGAACUCAAGUGCUAGCAGGCCUAGGCCUUCUUCCUUUGAGAAAACCGACCAGUGUGUGAGCCGCUGUGACUCCCAGAGCUGCAUCCUCGCCCAGGAAGAAGAGCAGUACCUGCAGAGUGGAGACCCGCAGCUGACCCGUCACGUUCUGCUGUGCCUGCUGCUCAUCAUCGGCCUGUUUGCUAAUCUCUCUAGCUGUCUCUGGUGGCUCUUUAACCACGAGACAGGACGGCUCUACGUUGAAUUACAGUUUUUCUGUGCUGUGUUUAACUUCGGCCAGGGAUUUAUUUCCUUCGGAAUUUUUGGGUUGGACAAACAUCUAAUCAUCCUACCUUUCAAAAGAAGGCUUGAAUUCCUGUGGAACAAUAAAGAAACAGCAGAAGACAGAGAAUCCCCGGUUUCCGAGGAAAUAAAAAUGACCUGUCAACAGUUUGUACAUUAUCACCGUGACCUGUGCAUCCGAAACAUCGUCAGAGAAAGAAGGUGUGGUGCAAAGACGUCUGCCGGGACCUUCUGUGGCUGUGACCUGGUGAACUGGCUCAUCGAAGUCGGCCUAGCUUCUGACCGUGGCGAAGCUGUGAUCUAUGGAGACAGACUGGUGCAAGGGGGAGUCAUCCAGCACAUCACCAAUGAAUAUGAGUUUCGGGACGAGUAUUUGUUUUACAGAUUUCUUCAAAAGAGUCCUGAACGGAGUCCUCCUGCCGGCACUGUAAGCAACCCCCCAGAAGAAAGCUAUAAAGAAAUUGGUCACGCGUCUCCGCCCUCACUCUCCCCUAAGACUUAAGAUCCAGAGAGAGCCCCGCAGGACCACACCCUCUAGCCUCAAAUCUGAUCCUUUUAGCUGUGGGACCCUGGGCAGGUCAUCUCUUCUGUAAAAUGACAAAGGCAAUCCUACCUUGUACUGACAUCCCAUAACUUUACGUGUCUAUAGAGCACAUAGGAAACUGACAAGAGAUUUCACAAAGUUAAAGGUUAUGAUAAUGAAUACAGCAGUUGCUAAAGAUACCACUGCUGUCCCAACAUUUUAAAAAUCAUCUCUUUCUGAAACUGUUAUCAUUAUAGAGUCAGUAUCCAGCUGGCUGUGAUUUUAAGUUGCCAAAUGUGGCAGGUUUGCUGCUCUCAAAAGGAACCUUAGGACAACCUCACAUUUAUCAAUAACACUUCCCCCCAACAGAUUUUUACUUAUUCUAGUAAAAGCUUUUAUUUUCCUUCCCACUUCUUUGACAAAUACUACCUAUUCGAAAAUUACAACUACUGUUCUGUUUUUGAGCCAAGGUCUCAUGAUGUAGCCCAGGCUGGCCUCAAAUUCCUAUGUAGCCAGGAAUGGUUUUUAACUACUGAUCUUCCUGCCUCUGCCUACUGAGUUCUGGACUUUUUGGUGUGUGCCAACAUGCCCGGCUAACCCCAGUAUUUUUUUAAAGUAAUUUUUAAAUUUAUUUUUGAUAAAACACCAGUUUUAAAGGUUUUUGUCUUUUCUUGUUUUCUAUCUACAUUACAAAUGUGUACCAAUAAGAAGAGAAUAAGAACAUUACUAUCUCUAUAAUCUUUUAAGAUAAAAAUUUUAAAUAAUUUGAACUUAUUCAUUUAAAUGUUAUUUAAGAAAUAAUGCCAAGCAAUGUACUGUUUCUGAUAGAAGAAAAAUCCACUUUAUUCCCUGCAUUGAGAAAGUAUAUAGUCAGGAACUUAAAAUUCUAAGCCUAGCAACCUACCUUAGAAUUUAGUCCUUUCUGUGUCCAUGUCUAAAAAAUUUGUAAGUUUAAAAAUUAGUAAGUGUUGCUUAGUCCAUUGAGAUUUUAGGACAGAAUGACAGGAACACAACUAGUUACUAAGCAACAGGGAGGCUUCCUUACAGAUCUGGGGCUGGCAGUGCAAGGGUAAACAGCUGCACUCCACCUCUGCUGAGGCCCCUGCAGGUCCACCACCCUCGAUGGGAGCUGCCCUCGGUGGGAGGGAAGGGCUCUGGAAGAACAAACCGCAUGUUGGCACCUCUUCUCUCAUGAGCCACACUUCUCCAGGUCACCUCCCUGGGGUUGGGUUUUGAAGAGACAUGUCCAGACCAUUACAGCCUCAGGUAAAGCUUUAUUCUCAGAGAAUUUGCACAUCCUUUGAACAGCUACUUAAUUAUUAGAUAUCAGUGAUGGUUUAACUUAUUCUAAAUGUUAUUUAUCUUAUUUUAGUGUUUCAUAUAUAAAAGCCAUUUAGGAAAUUAUUUAUAGGGUUAGUGCCCUGGCCCUUCUAAUGUAGCAAAUACAUAAUUAAAAGAAAACCUUGCAUGGAAGCCUAGUGUAUAUAAAAAGAAAUGAUGUUUAUUUUAUGUUACAAUCAUGGAAGCGGGAUGUUUUAGGUAGAACUAUAGCACCAUAAAACUUAGGGGAAAAAAGAGACACGCUCACACUGUACUCCUAGGGCCCAGGAGUACACAUAAGCCCCCGCCUUAGCAGCCUCCAGUAGCAAGACAAAAUUCACAUGUAUGCGGGCAACUCAAAUUCAAGCGAGGGAAUCUGUUCUGUUUAUGAAUAACCCAUAUUAACUAUGCUCUUUCAUUUGCACAAGUGGAAUCUGAAACAUCAUUGUCUGUGGGAGGCUCUAAGAGAGAACCAUAGAUCAGAGUGACUCGCAGUUUCAGAUGAUAAAGGCGUUUAGCCAUGCUCUUAGGAGUAAGGAUAAGCUAAUUUUAUUAAAGGAAAUGUUUGUAUGUUACUUUCUCACUGACAGCACGUUUCUCAAUAAAAUACCUAUUUUAACUUGC